AGUUCUCUACGUUGGUCCAAAUCCACCGAAACUAUGCUUUAUGUGGGUCUUCUUCUUGAUUUCCUUGCUCUUUUGAGCUCAAUUAGCAGAAAGCUUUUCGAUGGAGGGCGCGGCUGUUCCAACGCUAUCUCUUUUUAUCUUUGUGCAGCUGGCACGCGGCUCUGUUUGCUCUAUAUAGCACAAUCUGCAUGUAGUUGUGAAGCUCAUCACCUCUCCAUUAAUGACUCCCUCCCUCCUCUAUCCUCUCCGCAGCAAUACCGGCAUCAUGGCUUCUUCCCGGCCCACCUUUGCUUCUCUGCUCCUCCUCCUCCUCCUCCUGUUAACGUCCGCCCAGGGCAGCUCCUUGAAUACUACGGCAUGGCAUCCGGAAUGCGAGACGCCCAAGGCACCGCGGCGGGUGUCGUCGUCGGCCAGCUCCUUCGUCCCCUCUGCCGACUUCGUCUCCACCCUGCAGUCUACCCUCGAGGAGAUCAAGAAGGUCAUGUCACUUGUCUCUACCUUCUCUGGAGUUCUCGGAGGUGACCUCCGCCUCUCCUCCGCCGUCGACGACUGCCUCGACCUCCUCGACCUCUCCUCCGACGAGCUCACCUGGACCCUAUCUGCGUCCCAGCGCACCACCGCCUCCGCGUCUGCCUCGGGCGCCGGGAACCGCCGGUCCGACCUCCGCUCCUGGAUGAGCGCCGCCCUUGGGAACCAGGACACCUGCAAGGAGGGCCUCGACGGGACCGGCGGCCUUGUCGAGACCCUCGUCGCCGGCGGCCUCGACAUGGUCACCUCCCUCGUCUCCGACGGCCUCCGCGAGAUCGCGGCGGGCGGCGGGACCGGCGGCAAAGGCGGCAGCAGGAGGCUGAUGGGGUUCCCGGAGUGGGUGUCGGCGGCCGACCGGAGGCUGCUGCAGGCCCAGCCGACGACGGUGGCGGAUGCCGUGGUGGCGCAGGACGGGAGUGGUAACUACACGACGGUAGAGGCGGCCGUGGCGGCGGCACCGACGGAGGGCGCGCGGAGGUACGUGAUACACGUGAAGAAGGGAGUGUAUAAGGAGAACGUGGAGGUGAAGAAGAAGAAGUGGAACCUCAUGCUCGUCGGUGACGGCAUGGGCCAAACCGUCAUUUCCGGCAGCCGCAGCUACGUCGACGGCUGGACCACCUACCGCAGCGCCACCUUCGCUGUCGCCGGCAAGGGGUUCAUCGCCCGCGACCUGACGAUCGAGAACACGGCGGGGCCACAGAAGCACCAGGCGGUAGCGCUCCGCUCCGACUCCGACCUUUCCGUCUUCUAUCGCUGCGAGUUCUCCGGCUACCAGGACACCCUCUACGCCCACUCGCUGCGGCAGUUCUUCCGCGAGUGCCGCGUCACCGGCACCGUCGACUUCGUCUUCGGCAACGCCGCCGCGGUCUUCCAGAACUGCCAGCUCUUCCCCCGCCGGCCCCUCCCCGAGCAGAAGAACUCAGUGACCGCCCAGGGCCGCAAGGAUCCGAACCAGAACACCGGUUUCUCCUUCCAGUUCUGCAACGUCUCCGCCGACGCCGACCUCGUCGGCUUCACCAACUCGACGCCCACGUACCUCGGCCGGCCGUGGAAGGAGUACUCCCGCACCGUGUUCAUGCAGUCCUACCUGGGCUCGUUGAUCCGACCGGAGGGGUGGCUGGAGUGGAACGCCGAGUUCGCCUUGGACACACUGUACUACGCCGAGUACAUGAACUACGGGCCGGGUUCCGGGUUGGGGAACCGAGUCAAGUGGCCAGGCUACCACGCACUCAGCGAUCCGGCCAUGGCUGCCAACUUCACGGUGGCUCAGUUCAUAGACGGAAACAUGUGGUUGCCGUCAACUGGUGUGAAGUACACAGCUGGGUUGACCGUGUAAUAAUAUAUAUAUAUAGAGAGAGAGGAAAAGUUUCAGUAAUUAUAAUUUGUUUACUCUCAUAAUAUAAGUCAAUAGUUGUUUUGUGACUGAGAGGCAUUGAUGGGGCAAUGGAGUUGACUUUAUGAAUCUCUUCUCUUGUUUCUUA